AAUAUUCCAACUUUCGUAUCAUCUUCUACUUUCUGGUUACUUCCAACAUGGCAUCUAAAGAUUUAACAACGAUUUGCCUCUUCGACGUGGAUGGCACCUUGACACCUUCUCGAAAUAGAAUACAGCCAGAUAUGGAUAACUUUCUUCAAGAAUUAUCGAAAAAAGUUGUAGUAGGAGUAGUUAGUGGAUCUGACCUGAGUAAAAUAGCGGAACAAUUGGCAUCAGAAGGAUCAAGUAACUUGGUUGAAGGACUUCUUAAAAAGUAUGAAUACGUAUUCCUUGAAAACGGUUUAGUUGCCUAUCAUAAUGAAGAAUUGAUUACCAAGCAGAGUAUAUUGAAAUUCUGUGGUGAAGAGAAACUACAAGAAUUCAUAAAUUUUACAUUACAAGAAUUAUCUAAAUUGAAAUUACCAGCGAAACGUGGAAAUUUCAUCGAAUUUCGAAGCGGCUUAAUAAACGUCUGCCCUGUCGGGCGUAGCUGCAGUCAAGCGGAAAGAGACGAAUUCGCUGCCUAUGAUAAAGAGCAUAACGUUCGCCAAAACUUGGUACAGAAGUUAAAAGAGAGAUUCCCAGAUGCUGGUCUAAACUUUGCAAUCGGUGGUCAAAUAAGCAUUGAUGUAUUUCCUAUUGGAUGGGAUAAACGUUUUUGUUUGGAGAAAGUUAUCGAGAAAGGCUUCAAGACUAUUCAUUUCUUUGGCGAUAAAACUCAACCGGGUGGUAACGAUCACGAAAUUUUCGAAGAUGAAAGGACUAUCGGACAUACUGUCAAGAAUCCUUCAGAUACAAUCGAACAACUAACCAAAAUGUUCUUCUAG